AUGUCGGCGAAAAGGCGCACACUAGAACUCGGAAAUGUCUUGGUGGUCGGAGGCUGCGGUUUCCUGGGGUGGCACAUUGUCGAUCACCUGCUGAACUUCCCCUCCGAGACCGACCCCAGCGUCGCCCUCCCCAAGCCGCAGGGCGAUGCACGCUUCGACUUCCCGACUCUGGGAUCGCGGUACCCAGACUACCACUCGACUGUGUCUGUUGUCGACUUGCGCACAACCAACAACCGUCUCCCCGGCGCGAAGUACUACGAUGGCGACAUCACGUCUGUCGAGUCCAUGAUGGAGGUUUUCAAGGCUGUCAAGCCCGAUCUGGUCAUCCACACCGCUUCGCCUUCUAUGAUUGAGGGUAACAAGCCGCUGUUGCACAAGGUCAACGUGGAGGGAACCAGGACGCUCCUUGAAGUUGCUGGUGGUGAGCACGGUGACUGGGGUGGCAAGUGCAAGGCUUUCGUCUACACCAGCUCCAGCUCCGUCGUGCACGAUACCCAGAGUGACCUGAAGAACGUCAACGAGGAGUGGCCCUACAUCCGCGGUCCUUCGCAGAAGGAGUACUACUCCGAGACCAAGGCCGAUGCCGAGGAACUCGUACUGAAAUACAACCGUCAGUCCCCGACCGAGAUGAUGACCUGCGCCAUUCGCCCAGCCGGAAUUCACGGAGAAAAAGACACCACAGUGACACACAAGAUCCUGGAGCACGGCUCCCAGGCAUCAGACAGAGUGCUACGUAUGCAGCUGGGUGACAACGAGAACCUGUUCGACUUCACCUACGUUGGAAACGUGGCGUAUGGUCAUCUCCUCGCCGCCCACCGCCUUCUGGCGAGCUACGAUCUUCGCGCGGCCGGUCAGGGCGGGCCCCUUGACUACGAGCGCGUGGAUGGUGAGGCUUUCAACAUCACCAACGACUCCCCUGUCUACUUCUGGGAUGUGACCCGUGCCAUGUGGGCGCUCAUUGACCGGAUUGUUGAGCCUGACCAGGUUUGGGCUCUGCCUGAGGGUCUUCUCGAGUCUGUUGGUGACUGUUAUGGGAUGGUUUGGCAAGACCCCCGUCUCACAGCCCGGACUGUGCGGUACUCUUGCAUGACUCGGUACUACUCCACCGAGAAGGCCAAGCACCGUCUCGCUUAUUUGCCCGUGGUUCCUCUGGAUGAGGGUAUUGCCCGUGCUGUUGGAUACAUUGUUGAGCAGAACCGACAGGCCGACGGAAAGAAGGCAUUGUAA